AAAUCCCAUCCCAUAAUGUUUUGGUUCACACUCGCAGCUCCAACGUUUUGUUCUUGCCGCAUCAACAACCAGAUUGACUGAAAUCUAAAUCUCGGAAGUCUCAAUUUCGAUUGUAGAAGUUUAUUUAGAAAUAACUGAAAAUGGCAUUUCAGAAAAAGUACGGACUAACUGUGCCUAAAAAGAAGUCAGAGCCGGAGGAAACUGGAGGAGCUUUGAAGCCUAGACUGUCAUGCUUUGAAGAGGACAGCGACGAGUCUGAGCCUGAGAGCAAGAAAGUCGGCCAGGCCAUUUUGAGGGCAAGUGAGAAAAGCACCCAGAAGAGAGCGACGCAACAACAGCUGAAAAGGGCUCUUGAUGAGGACCCCACGGUAUUCCAAUAUGACGAGGUUUAUGAUGACAUGGAGCAGCAGAAGGCAGAUACGGCUUCAAAAAAGAAGGACGUAGCUAAAAAACCAAAGUACAUUGAAAACCUGUUGAAAACGGCUGAAAGGAGAAAAAUGGAAAACGAAAGAAGAAUUGAAAGACAGGUGCAGAAAGAGAGGGAGGAAGAGGGUGAAGAGUUCAAGGACAAGGAAGAAUUUGUCACUUCCUCAUAUCGGGCGAAGCUGGAGGAGUUCAAGAAACAGGAGGAGAAGGAGCGAAUGGAAGACGCCGUGGAAGCCCUGACAGACGUCACGCAUCAGAAAGACCUUAGCGGUUUCUACAGAAAGAUGUUCCGCGACCAGUACACUAAAAAGGAUGAUGAGGAUGAGUCAAAAGAGGACCAGGUUAAAGAAAAGAUAGAGGCAUCAAAGCCUGAACGGAAGUACAGAACGAGGAAGGAGUCUUCCAGCGAGAACGAGGCUGAGGAUGAGCCCAAACCGACUGAGGGUGGAAAUGAAAAACCUGAGACUGUGCCUGUGGUGAGAAGGAGCAGCAACAGCAGCAGCAGUAGCAGUUCCAGUGGUGACAGUAGCAGCAGCAGCAGUGACUCUGAAACUGAGGAGAAAGAGCCGAAGCAAAAGAAAAUUGUAGAGAUCAAGGAUAGCAAAAGUGUCGAGAAUGUGAAGGAGGUGAAAAAGGAGGAAAAGCCCAAGGAAACUCCGAAACCUAAAGUUAAUAUUUGGGAAAAGAGGACUGUAGGUGCUGCUUUUGAUGCUGCGCUGAUGAAGUAUCUGCAGAGAAAGGCUACCAGGGAAGCCUAAUGAGUUGGAUUAUAUUUAUUGCAAUGCAUAGUGAGAAUUGAAAUCUAUUUUUUGUUUUUUCUUAAAUAAAUUGAUUAUGACCCAGUA